AUGUUUACGGUAAAAGGUGAUCAAGGAGGAUGUACAAGUGAUGAUGUACAACAUCAUACGGUUUUAGCUCAUUAUCGAGCAACAUGGCAAGACUUGGACACCAGACCGUCGCCGACAUGGUAUGAUGAAGCAAAAUUUGGAAUUAUGGUGCACUGGGGACUGUUCUCUGUGCCGGGGUUUGGCAGCGAGUUGUUCCGAAGAGGAAACGAAAGUGAAUACAUUUCAUAUAUGAAGAAACAUUUUUCAAGCAACUUUACUUACGAAGAUUACAAGAAGUUGUUUACAGUCAAACAUUACGAGCCCCGGGAAUGGGCAAAACGUUUUGAGAGUUCUGGCGCAAAGUAUGUCAUAUUAACAAGCAAGCAUCACGAUGGCUUCACUAUGUGGCCCUCCAAGUACGGUGUAUUGGAUUCAUGGUUAAUAGUGCCCCGUCACGACUUACUUAGAGAAUUCGCCAAUGCAAUUCGUUCUAAGCGAACAAUGGAAUUCGGAAUUUAUUAUUCGUUAUUUGAAUGGUUUAAUCUUCACUAUCAACUUGAUGUGCAAAGCGCCUUCAAAACUGACAAAUACGUCACACAAAAAAUGCUUCCUGAUCUUCGUCACCUAGUGAAAGAGUAUGAACCUGCAAUUAUAUGGGCAGAUGGUGACUUGCAGGCAGACGAUAACUACUGGAAAUCCAAACAAUUUUUAAGUUGGCUGUACAAUCACAGUCCAGUGAGGAAUAAAGUUGUUGUAAACGAUCGCUGGGGGAAGAACUGUCGAGGUAAGCAUGGUGACUUCCAUUCGUACGUAAGCAUGAAAAAUUAUGUCAAUGCAGAACUUCAUAAGUGGGAACGUGCCAUGUCCAUAGACAAAAAAUCUUGGAUCUUUAGACGCAAUUCAGUAAAAUCAGAUUUUAGAAGCACUUAUAAAAUACUGCUAGAACUAGUGCGAGUAGUGAGCAGCGGUGGUAAUUUCUUACUAAACAUAGCCCCUACAAGACUUGGUGCAAUACCUGAGAUCGUUCAGCAACGUCUUCUCAAUAUUGGAUCUUGGUUUAAAAAAAACGGUGUUGCAAUUUAUAGCACAAAGCCAUGGAAAACAGAGAAAGAUUGCAUUACCCCCGGAGUUUGGUAUACGAGUAAAUCAGAUAAAACUGUGGGAACAACAGUGUUCGCUCUUGUAGAGGACUGGCCUGCCAACAAUACGUUGAGAUUAGGCGCUCCUCAACUUGCAAACGACUCCAUAAUUACUCUGUUGAAUACAGGUAAACAAUUGUCAUGGAAGUACAAGAUGCCUGGUAUUGAAAUUUUCUUUCCCAGAAAUAGUAAACAGGUGUUAACCAUCUGGACUUUACAAAUGUCUCAUGUGAUCGAUAAUUUUUGUGAUUUAAAAUACCAUAAAGCAAAGGUUGGAUUUUGA